AUGUCUUCGAGAAAGAAGGUUCUCCUCAAGGUCAUCAUCUUGGGGGACAGCGGCGUCGGCAAGACCAGCUUAAUGAACCAAUAUGUCAACAAGAAGUUUAGCGUGAGCUACAAGGCCACCAUCGGCGCCGAUUUCCUGACACGAGAGGUCCUGGUCGACGACAGACAAGUCACCAUGCAGCUUUGGGAUACCGCCGGGCAGGAGCGCUUCCAGUCUCUGGGCGUGGCCUUUUACCGCGGCGCCGACUGCUGCGUCCUGGUGUACGAUGUCAACAAUGCCAAGAGCUUCGAGGCCCUCGACAGCUGGAGGGACGAGUUCCUGAUCCAGGCGUCGCCCCGUGAUCCUCCCAACUUUCCAUUCGUUGUUCUCGGGAACAAGAUUGAUGUUGAGGAAAGCAAGCGAGUGAUCUCAAACAAGAGGGCUAUGACCUUCUGUCAGUCCAAGGGAGAUAUUCCUUACUUUGAAACCAGUGCCAAGGAGGCCAUCAACAUCGAUCAGGCAUUCGAAGUCAUCGCACGAAAUGCCCUUGCCCAAGAAGAGUCGGAAGAGUUCAGCGGCGAGUACGACGACCCCAUCAAUAUCCACAUCGACAACGACCGAGACGGGUGUGCCUGCUGA